UGUCAGGCGGUUGCUAGGCUCCGGCCGCGCGCCCCGCCCUCGCGCUCGGCGCCCUCUCACCGCCGGGACGUGCUCGCGCGGAGGCUGCGGUGCGGCGCUCGCGCUCCUCGGGCUCGGCGGAGGCGGCGGCGGCGGCGGCGGCUUCGCGCCGAGUCCCCCGGGAGCGGCGGCGGAGCGGCGUGCGGCCCGGAGGAGCGAGCACCUGCCGCGGCCCUCCCGCCGGCGCUCGGUGAGUGCGCCGCCCGUCCCCCGCCGCUGAGCCUGGCAGCCCGGGCCCCGGUCCCCGCCGCCGGCCGAGCCUCCCGAGGAACACCUGCUGCUGCCGGCUGUCCGGCCCGGGGCGGGGACGCCGUCGCGGACGUCCUUGCGGCUCUGAGUGCUCUGGCAUGGAGCAGGCGUGCAGGGGGUGAGGACCCGGCUCCGGGACCACGUCACUGACUCCUUUCAUCGUGAGGCCGGCUUGCGCAGACUCGCCCUGGAUGAGGAUGUCUGUGGGCCUUGCGCUGCUGCUCCCCGGCGGGGGGCGGGCCUUGCUCCUCCUGCUCUGCGUGGCCAUGACUCAGUCCCACUGGCCGAGUGAACCGUCGGAGGCCGCCAGGGGCUGGGAGAACCAGCUGGAGGCGUCCAUGCACUCGGUGCUGUCAGACCUCCCGGAGGCUGUCCCCACGGUGGCUGGCAUUCCUGACGGCACGGCUGUCGUCGGGCGUGUGUUUCGAGUGACCAUUCCUACAGAUGUCAUUGCUUCUGAUGGAGAAGUCAUCAAGGUAUCGGCUGCAGGGAAGGAGGCCUUGCCGCCCUGGCUGCACUGGGACCCGCAGAGCCGCAGCCUGGAGGGCCUCCCCCUCGACACCGAUAAGGGGGUGCAUUACAUCGCGGUGAGCGCGGCACGGCCGGGGGCCAACGGGAGCCACGUCCCCCAGGCUUCCAGCGUGUUCUCCAUCGAGGUUUCCCCUGAGGACCACAGCGAGCUGCAGGCCGCGCGGGCCGUCCCAGACCCCGGGGAGCCGGCGCCCUCCGCCUGCGCUGCCGACGAGCCCGUGACGGUGCUGACGGUCAUCCUGGACGCCGACCUCACCAAGAUGAGCCCGCAGCAGAGGGUCGCCCUGCUGCGCCGCAUGCGGGGCUUCUCGGGCGUGGAGCUGCCCAGCAUGAAGCUGGUGCCCGUGGUGAACAACCGGCUGUUUGACAUGUCCGCCUUCAUGGCCGGCCCAGGCAACGCCAAGAAGGUGGUGGAGAAUGGGGCGCUGCUGUCCUGGAGGCUGGGCUGCUCCCUGAGCCAGAACAGCGUGCCGGACAUUGGCCGUGUGGAGGCGCCCGCCCGGGAGGGGGCCAUGUCCGCCCAGCUCGGCUACCCCGUUGUGGGCUGGCACAUCGCCAACAAGAAGCCCCCUCUCCCCAAACGCCUCCGGCGGCAGAUCCAUGCCACCCCCACACCUGUCACUGCCAUUGGCCCGCCCACCACCGCCAUCCAGGAGCCGCCGUCCAGGAUCGUGCCCACCCCCACGUCGCCAGCCAUGGCUCCUCCCACAGAGACCAUGGCUCCUCCCGUCAGGGACCCUGUUCCUGGGAAGCCCACAGUCACCAUUCGGACUCGCGGUGCCAUUAUUCAGACGCCGACCCUGGGCCCCAUCCAGCCCACUCGGGUGUCAGAAGCUGGCACCACGGCUCCUGGUCAGAUCCGCCCCACGAUGACCAUUCCUGGCUACGUGGAGCCCACGGCGGUCGCUACCCCUCCCACAACUACCACCAAGAAGCCACGAGUGUCCACGCCAAAACCAGCCACGCCUUCUACCGACUCCUCCACCGCCACGACCCGCAGGCCGACCAAGAAGCCACGCACCUCCCGACCCGUGCCCCGGGUCACCACCAAAGCGCCCAUCACCAGGCUGGAGACGGCCUCCCCGCCGACACGCAUCCGCACCACCCCCAGCGGGGUGCCCCGCGGCGGGGAGCCCAACCAGCGCCCGGAGCUCAAGAACCACAUCGACAAGGUGGACGCCUGGGUCGGCACCUACUUCGAGGUGAAGAUCCCGUCGGACACCUUCUACGACAAGGAGGACACCACCACGGACAAGCUGAAGCUGACGCUCAAGCUGCGGGAGCAGCAGCCGGUGGGCGAGAGGUCGUGGGUGCAGUUCAACAGCAACAGCCAGCUGCUGUACGGCCUGCCCGACGGCGGCCACGUGGGCAAGCACGAGUACUUCCUGCACGCCACCGACAAGGGCGGCCUGUCGGCCGUGGACGCCUUCGAGAUCCACGUGCACCGGCGCCCGCAGGGGGACAAGGCGCCCGCGCGCUUCCGCGCCACGCUGGCGGGCGACCCGGGGCCGGUGGUGAACGACGUCCACAAGCAGAUCGCGCUGGUGAGGAAGCUGGCCUUCGCCUUCGGGGACCGCAACUGCAGCACCGUCACCCUGCAGAGCAUCAGCCCGGGCUCCAUCGUGGUGGAGUGGACCAACAACACGCUGCCCCUGGAGCCCUGCCCCCAGGAGCAGGUGGCGGCGCUGAGCCGCAGGAUCGCCGAGGAGGACGGGAAGCCCCGGCCCGCCUUCUCCAGCGCCCUGGAGCCCGACUUCAAGGCCUUGAGCGUGGCCGUGACGGGCGCCGGAAGCUGCCGGCACCUGCAGUUCAUCCCCGUGGCGCCGCCCCGGAGGGUGCCCUCUGAGGCGCCCACCACGGCGGUGCCCGACCGGGACCCCGAGAAGAGCAGCGAGGAUGACGUGUACCUGCACACGGUCAUCCCGGCCGUGGUGGUCGCCGCCAUCCUGCUCAUCGCCGGCAUCAUCGCCAUGAUCUGCUACCGCAAGAAGCGGAAGGGCAAGCUCACGCUGGAGGACCAGGCCACCUUCAUCAAGAAGGGCGUGCCCAUCAUCUUCGCCGACGAGCUGGACGACUCCAAGCCGCCCCCCUCCUCCAGCAUGCCUCUCAUCCUGCAGGAGGAGAAGGCCCCCCUCCCGCCUCCCGAGUACCCCAACCAGAGCGUGCCCGAGACCACCCCUCUGAACCAGGACCCCGCGGGAGAGUACACGCCCCUGCGCGAGGAGGACCCCAACGCGCCUCCCUACCAGCCUCCCCCGCCCUUCACGGCUCCCAUGGAGGGCAAGGGCUCCCGCCCCAAGAACAUGACCCCAUACCGGUCACCCCCUCCCUAUGUGCCCCCUUAGCCCACAAGCGCCUGGGUGGAGGCAGGGUAGGGCAGGGCCUGGAGGCAACAGGGUGUUGUCUGUGGAGACGGGGGGCCUGCAGACCAUCGCCCCCGGGAGCCGACACCUGACCUAGCACACACUGACGCGGGGCUGGACACGCCUGCCUCUGUCCUCCUGACCCCAACGCGGCCGAGAGGCCUUGGGGACAUUUUUACUUUUCUUUUUGCCUAACAGCUUUCUGUUUGUUCAUAGAGAACUCUUCGCUGCGUGUGGCCGCUGGCUCUGCGAGCACCGGGGAGUGGAGGUGGCUGGAGCGGGAGGAGCCGUGGGCUCGCAGGCAGUGCUGGCCGCCUCCGGCCUCUGCGUUUGCCUUUAACACUAACUGUACUGUUUUUUCUAUUCACGUGUGUCUAGCUGCAGGAUGUAACAUGGAAAACAGUAGCUAAAGAUCACAUUCAAAGGACUUUCUUAAGGUUAAGUUUUUACAUUUAAUCUGCUGUUUACCUAAACUUGUAUGUAUAAUUUGGGGUGGGGGUGGGAAAUUGCUUUGCUAAAAAUAAGCUCCCGGGGUGUUUCAAACUUAGAGAAGACCAAGGGACAGUAUUUUUUAUCAAAGGAAUCCUAUUUUUUCACACUACGUAAACCUGGUUGCUCUGAUACC